AUGAGAACACAAAUUAUCGCACUUGCUUCUCUGGCCUACUUGUUAGGUACAGUGCAAGCAAAAAAUGAGGACGACCCAGCACAAAAAUAUGACUUCAUUAUCGUGGGUGGAGGAACAAGUGGAUUGGUUGUUGCCAACAGACUCUCCGAAAUAAAGGGUGUUACCGUCGCAGUUAUCGAAGCCGGCGAUUCAGUCUUCAACAAUCCCAAUGUCACCAAUGUUGCAGGCUAUGGACGUGCUUUCGGGACACAUAUCGAUUGGGCCUACCAGACCGAGAAUCAAAAAUAUGCCGGCGGAUCGAAACAAAUAAUGCGUGCUGGAAAGGCUAUCGGCGGAACAAGCACUAUCAACGGCAUGUCUUACACACGAGCUCAAAGUGUCCAAAUUGAUGCUUGGGAGUUGUUCGGAAAUAAGGGAUGGAACUGGGGCAGUCUCCUCCCAUACUAUCAAAAGUCCGAAAUGUUCCAGAUACCCAGCCUGAACCAGAUAUCUCGAGGUGCCGACUAUUAUAUCACCUACCACGGAGAGAACGGCCCGCUGAAAGUGGGCUGGCCUACGGAAAUCACCAACCGCACUAUGCUCCCCAUGCUUGACCAAACGUUUAACCAACUAGGUGUUCCUUUUAACCGCGACGUCAACGGUGGUAGUAUGGUUGGCCUUACUUCUCACCCUAACACAGUCAACACGAAGGAGAAUGUGCGAGAAGAUGCUGCCAGAGCUUACUACUGGCCCUACCAGAACCGUUCGAAUCUCAAGAUCAUUACGAACACUUUGGCGAACAGGAUCAUAUGGUCCAACGAUUCUAACAGUGAGGCAGUCGCAGUCGGAGUCGAGGUGACCAAUCCUCAUCACGGCGUUGAGACGAUAUACGCCUCCAAGGAAGUCAUCCUGUCCGCUGGAUCCUUGAAAUCACCCGUUCUCCUAGAGGUAUCCGGUAUUGGGAACCCGGAUAUUCUCAGUACGUAUAACAUCCCUGUCAAGGUUAACAUUUCUACUGUUGGUGAGAACUUGCAGGAUCAAACGAACAACGGGCUUUCUUUUCAAGGGACAGAAUUUUGGCUCGGCUCUCCAACCUUUUCCGUUUUGCCGUCUGCUAACCAGAUAUACGGAUCGAAUGUUACCAACGUUGCUUCCUAUAUCAAUUCAAGCAUGGCUGAGUAUGCAAAGGUUGUAUCUAACUCAUCUAAGGGUGCAGUUCAAGAAGCAAAUAUUCUAGCCGCCUUCAAGCUUCAGUACGACUUGAUUUUCGAAGCGCAAGUUCCUUUCGCCGAAGUCGUCCUCCUUCCAAUCGCGGGAUCGUUCAUGUCUGAGUACUGGCCGCUACUCCCUUUCUCGAGAGGCAGUAUUCACAUCAAAUCCGCCAACGCCUCUGCGCCAGCUUCUAUCAACCCGAAUUAUUUCAUGUUCAAACAGGACCUCGACGCCCAGGUCGAUGUGGCUAAAUUUAUUCGUAAGGCAUUUGCGACUGCUCCUCUGAGCGACUUUGUGGCAGAAGAGUUCGCUCCAGGAAUGGACAAUCUCCCUGAUACUGCCUCCAACUCCCAAUGGGACGACUGGGUUAAGAUGAAUUAUCGGUCGAACUUCCACCCAGUUGGAACUGCAAGCAUGCUUCCACGCAGCAGGGGAGGUGUUGUUAGCCCCGAGCUCAGAGUUUACGGCACCAAGAAUGUCCGCGUUGUCGAUGCUUCCGUCCUACCUUUCCAACUAUGCGGGCAUUUGACAAGCACACUUUACGCCGUGGCCGAGAAGGCAGCCGAUAUGAUCAAGAAGCAGUACCGCCUCUAG